CACUAUUCAAUCCAUUUACACAAAUUUUCCUACUAAACCAACCAUGGAAGCGACAUCGUUUCUUCCUUCUUCCUUCACCCUCUCUUCCCUUUCUUCACCUCUUUUGCCUCAACAUCUCCACCACAAGGGCCUCUUCUCAGUUCCCGUAAAUCCGCAGACAUGUCGGACAGCUGUUGUCCACAAGAAGUUCAGCUUCUGCACAAAAGCAACUCUUGGAGGAAAUGUGCAGGUGACUGGAGUUCCGACUUCUGUUCCGGUGAGAGUAGCACACGAGCUUUAUCAAGCUGGGCAUCGAUAUUUAGAUGUUAGGACUUCUGAAGAGUUCAGUGCAGGGCAUGUUCCUGGGGCCAUCAACAUUCCUUACAUGUACAAACUUGGAUCAGGUUGGCUCCAAAUUCAUCUUCUUUUUGAGAUAAUUUGUGUCUCAAGUUAUCUUCUUUUUUAAACAAAUGAAGACAAC